AUGGUCAACCGGCGACUGACCACGUGGCUGGAAGACGAGAAUCUACUCGACCCACGCCAAUUCGCUUUCCGGAAGGGAUUCGGCACCGGAGCCCACCUGGGCUCGCUCGGCGAGGUAUUAGACAGAGCAAAGUCCGAAGGCAUCCACGCCGAUAUUAUUAUACUCGACAUAGCAAAAGCUUACAACACAGUCUGGCGGGAAGGCGUCUUUCAACAACUCCAACGAUGGGACAUACAAGGGAACCUAGGCGUCUUCAUCCAAAACUUCCUAACCAACAGCCGCUUUCGGGUAUGCAUAGGCGGCACACUCUCCGACAAAUUCCGCGAGGCCAACGGAGUGCCUCAAGGGUCGAUACUAGCCGUGACCCUCUUCUUAGUGAGGAUGAAUUCGCUCUUCACCGCGCUACCCGGGGCCGUCUAUGUCUUCGUGUAA